CGCUCUCGAUGACUCCAGAUCUAUGGCAGAGUCUCAUUCCGUUCACCUGGCAUACGAAACACUCGUCCUUGUAUCGAAGGCUCUGAGCCGGCUGGAAGUGGGCGACGUCGCCAUAGCCAAGUUCGGCGAGUCAGUCGAUGUUCUUCAUGGCUUCGACAGCGGACCUUUCACAGACCAGGCAGGCAUGCGAAUCAUGAGCGCAUUCCAAGAAAGACGAUCUAUGAGCUCUGCCACUGCCGCAGGUCUGUGGCAACUUGACAUCAUCAUCUCAGACGGCAUGUGCCAAGAUCACGAGAAGCUCCGUACUGUCCUGAGGAAGGCGGAAGAAGAACGGGUCAUGGUCGUGUUCAUCAUCUUGGACUCUCUGCAUGCGCGGAGUUCCUCUGACAGCGGCAAUGCCAACCAGAAUUCCAUUCUCUCGAUGAAUCAAGUCGCAUACAAGAACAUAGAUGGCCGCCUGGAUCUCCACGUCGAACGGUAUCUGGAUAGCUUUCCUUUCGAGUACUAUGUCGUCUUGCGAGAUGUUGAGGCGCUACCUGAGGUGUUGUCGGGUACAUUGAAACAGUUCUUCGAGAGAGUCACGGAGCAGUAAUUAUUUGAGAUCGUAGACAGCCAUAUACAUGUUAUAUUAUCGCGAUUGAGGUUCUACUAUAUCCUUAUUCCCUAUCA